AAAGAUGGCUUCUGAGGCUUCCUUGCCCACCAGAAAGAUGGCGGGCCGCUCCGGCUCAACGGCAUACCAUCGAUGACGGCGAGGAGGGGGACGUGCUCCAAACUCCCAAGCACGCCUUCCCUUAUUCCUUGGGGAGACCCUCGGUCCCGGGGCUGUGCCUCUAUGGUGGCCGCCGAAAUCGCUUUGACAGCUGAGGCUUAAGGGACGCCUGCGCGAUAAUUCGGCUUGUCUCCCCGUUUCGACCCCGCCCCGCCUGAGCAGGAUGGAAAAAAAGAAAAUUUUAAUGAAAUCUAGUGUUGCUGCCUCCAACCUCCUGAGAACAUUACAUUCUCUCUAUCAAUAUGGACAUUUUUGUGAUGUUACAGUAUACACAGACCAGCUGGGUAUCCAACAAGAAUUUUAUGUCCACAAAGCUGUUUUAGCAGCUUCUAGCAAUUACUUUAAAAGCCUUUUUCUCAAUAAUGAAAUGAAUAACGUCAAAAGUUGCACAGUGACCCUCCAGGACAUUCCUGCUGAAGAAUUUGUCUCAUUCCUCAAGUUUGUCUACACUGCAGAGUUAGAAAUUGAAGUGGACAGGCUGCACCAGAUCAAGGAGCUCGCUAAGAGACUUGAAUGCCAAGAUCUGCUUGACGUUUUUGAAGAAGUGAAGGCUGUAGGUGGAAACUUGGAACCAAGUGUGCAUUUGAAAAAAAAGGAAGGUGUUAGAUUGCCUGGGAAUCGAACAGAACUUGGAGGAGAAAAAGCACAGCGUGAUUUAUCUCAUGUUUUGGCUGCUGCACUGAUGAAGAAUCAUUUGGGGAAAAGAAUGAACCGUUCAAAACCAACCACCAAUUUUGAUGAUAUUAAAAAUAAACGUAUAAGCCCUAAGGAAGAUAGGAUGGUGAGUUGUAAUUCCAAAGAUGAAUCAACAACGACAUCUAAGCAUAUCAGUGAGGCUGACUGUCCUUCAAUAAACGAAGAAGCCCACAUCGCUUUAAGCAGAACAUUGCCGGACCAAAACGAUGAAAGUAGUUUGAUGCUUUCUAAGGCCAAACUCAGAAAGUCAACCCGCAAUAUACCAAAAGCCUUGCCAAGUGACAAGUGUAAUUGUUUAUUCCAUUUUACCGAACAGUACCAAUCGCAUAUUGAUCUGGAGCAUAGCACAAGCUUGGGAAUUAAGCAUAGCUGCAAUAUAUGUAGCCAACUCUUUCCCAAUUGUCACAAUCUAAGGCAACACAGGCGCUCUCUGCACAGCCGACAGCGGAACUUCCCCUGUUUGCUCUGUGAGAAAAAGUUUCAGUGCCAGAAGGAUAUCAGUGCUCAUAUACUCACGGUUCAUGAAAAGAAGCAGCAUCCUCAGCAAUGCCCCUACUGUGACAAAGUCAUCAGCUCCAAGUGUGGCCUGACAGUUCACAUACGAACCCACACAGGGGAGAAGCCUUAUAAGUGUCAGUGCUGCUCAGCCAGUUUUGCUCAGAGGUCAGCCUUUAAUACUCACGUAAGAAAGAUACAUGAAUCCAAGAAAGAUGGGAAAUGCAUGCCAGCUUACUGGGCAAUAGUUCCACCGGCAAAAAAAGUAGAUGUGAUAGAUAAUAGAAUCAACAGGAGUAACAAAACACAACUCACAGUGCCAAAUAAUGAUCUGCAAAAAGAAAUACUUGGGAAAGCUACUCAGGAGCCUGAGGGAGAAUCUAGUCGAUCUCUUCCAGAGGAAGCACAAUGUGGCAACCAAUCAAACAAGAAGCUGGAACCGGGUACUGAAAAUCAUACUAAAAAGGGGGAAACUUGUAAACAAGGGACUGGGGAUGUGAAAGGAAAUGGAGAAAGAGUUUGUGAAGCAGGCGUAUACAGCGAUAAAGACAAUGAGGCCUUCUCUUCAGAUGACAAUCACAACGAGGACUCAAAUGAUCGCGAUCCCGAAUGGGAUAUAAAUUGCAAAAACAAAGUCAUCCCAACAUCUGCUUACAUCAUAACUUGUACCAAAUGCACCGAGAAGUUUCCGUCACGGAGGAAAUACGUCAUCCACUGCAAAGAGAUUCAUCAUUCCUUGCCCGGGAAAGUAUAUCAGUGUGAUGUUUGCAACAAAUCCUUUGCAAGUCACAACAGCUGGAAAGAGCACCGAGCCUGCGUUCACACAGAGGACAGGAAGUUUGCCUGCACCCUGUGCAAUGCCACUUUUAAAAGGAAGAGGGAUGUGAGGACUCACUUUGUGAGGAAGCAUGAAGGGCGAGUGAAGCGGCCCCUCUGCUCUGUCUGUGGGAAAAUCCUGAGCUCCAGAACAGCACUUGUCUUCCACAUGAGGACCCACACAGGAGAGAAGCCAUACCAGUGUGGCAUUUGUGGCUCAAGUUUUGCUCAACCAUCACAGCUCAAGAUUCAUACCAGGUCACACACGGGUGAAAAGCCAUAUAUCUGUGAGGACUGUGGGGCAUCCUUUGCUGAUAAAGGUAAACUUAAUGGCCAUAAGAGGACACAUACAGGAGAACGCCUCUUCAGAUGUGAUGUGUGUGGGAAACAUUUUGCUACUAAUGAAUAUUUAAAGUGUCACAAGCGUUGUCACAUGGGAGCUAAGCCGUACAAGUGCGAUGUGUGUGGGAAAACCUUUGGAUUGAGAGCUUCAUUAGCCCAACAUAGUAAUGUUCAUGCAGAGACUCCUCCUUAUUUCUGCGAGCAGUGUGGAAAGACAUUUACUCAGCAAGGAGCCCUAAGACGUCACCAGCGUAUUCACACUGGAGAAAAGCCAUACAAAUGCAGGGCUUGUGAGAGAACCUUCACAGAUAUGUCUACCUUGAGGAGGCAUGUAUUGGUCCAUGAUCGGAAUGCUCAUUGGAGAAGUUUCUUAAUUGAUCUUACUAUCAAAAAGGAUCAUAACUGGUCCAAAAUAGAGACUUUGUCUACUAUUUGCAUGGAAGAGAAUUCUACUACAGUUUGGUCUGACUGCCAAGAAAAAUGCUACACAUCAGAAAACACAAAUGUAAAAAAAGUGGAACAGAUACCAGGCAGUAGUAAUGUGAAAGAAUCUGAACCUACCCUUAUGCUUUUAUAGCUAUCAACAAUUAAAG